AUGCCAUCCAAGGUAAUGAACCUGAUCGGAGAAAUCAAGACCAGCACUUCAACUGGCACCGUUCGCCGCAAUCCCCGAGGCCGACCAAUGUACGGUCGAAAAGGUGUCACCAUGGGCCAACAUAUCGACGAAUUUGAUGACUUCAGGGACGAACAGGGCCGUUCAUUCGACGAAUUGGUAUACUUCAUGCUUUUCGAUAAAACUAAGGUCCUCAUGCCACCGCCGCCAAAGCCCCAGGUCAGCAAGGUGAUGCCUUCUCAGACGACCAAGGUGGACCCUUCUCAGAAGAACAAUGCGGACGUCGAUGAUUAUUUGCGCCGGCUCAGACACGCUCACAGAACGGAUAUACAGAAGCGCGUGGUCGCAAAUCCUGACCUGAAGCGCAAGCGCGAGGAAGGAGAUGAGCUAGAGAAGAAGUCCAAGCCGAAGACACAGGCCGCUGUUCAAGGCACUGCCAGUGAAGUCCCAAAAUCUCCUGACAAGGUCACCACCACCAGGAUGCGCCCCGGCCCGAAGCGAUACUUCUAG